CUGGUUCCAGGCGCGUCCUUGUGGCAACGCCUCUUGCAUGGCGUCUACACCUGGCCGCCGAUCAGCAGGUGAGCUCAGACGGCGCCUGACUCACAGCAGGCAAGAUGGCGGCCGGCGACCACGCGAUGAUGCUGACAGAGUUUGAGUUUGAGAGACGCUUUGACCCAACUGAGGUCAUCCGCUGGAUGAAGGACAACUGGGGUAUGUCAUUUGUGAUCUGCGCUUUGUACGUCGCCCUGGUGUUUGGAGGUCAGCACUACAUGAGGCCCCGCCCUAAAAUGAACCUAAGGACGCCAAUGGCCGUGUGGUCGCUCGCCCUUGCUAUCUUCAGCAUCAUGGGCGCCGUGCGUACGGGGUUCUUCAUGCUUUACCUCAUCAACAACGGUGGUAUCUGGCGGUCCGUGUGUGACCAGAUCAUUUAUGAUGGACCCGUCAGCAAAUUCUGGGCCUACGCUUUCAUGGUGAGCAAGGUGCCAGAGCUGGGCGACACGGUCUUCAUCGUGCUGAGGAAGCAGCGCCUCCUCUUCCUGCACUGGUACCACCACAUCACGGUGCUGCUCUACUCCUGGCACUCCUACAAAGACAUGGUGGCGGGCGGCGGCUGGUUCAUGACCGUCAACUACACGGUGCACGCGCUCAUGUACAGCUACUACACCGCGCGCGCUGCCGGACUGCGCGUGCCCCGCGCUCUGGCCAUGGUCGUCACGAUCGCCCAAUUGCUGCAGAUGGUGGUGGGCCUGGCGGUGACCGGGCUGGCGUACCGCUGGACGCAACACGGCGACUGCCCCUCCAGCAUGGUCAACAUCACCUGGGGGGCACUUAUGUACCUCAGCUACCUGCUCCUCUUCCUCAACUUCUUCUACCACGCGUACCUGCAGCCCAGCAAGAGCGCCAAAGCCGAGUAGGAGGAGCUUAGGGCACAAGUUUGCGCCACUUCCUGUUGAAGAUUAGUCAUAAAUGGUCAUUUCCUGUCUUUGACAUUCACUUAAGCGUCUGGAUUAGCACAAACCAGACUUAAGUGCAGGGGUGUCCAAACUAGUGUGGCUCGCCUACAUCUGCAAUUUAGCCCGCAAUAUGAAGAAAUCUUUUGGUCUGACAAUUUUGGGGAUCUUAUUAUGUCGACAUCUGGUGGACGAUGAGAAUAUUUCAGGUCCAUGACUAAUAAUUACAGUCAGAGUAGAAGACUGUCUGUGCAGUAUUUACUUGUAUGGCCCAAUGCAAACAACCUUCCCUAAUCAUGGUCCAUAUUGUCAACACACAUGGUCACUCAUAACUCAACAUGCUCACUGAACUUUGUGGAGAUUAUAAAAAGAAUGUCUAUGCACUAUAAAACAGUUCUAAACUACACCCAUUUAAAUCCAUUACAAAAGCAUGAUGGGAAAAAUGCAAAAAACUCUCCACACUUAUCCAUGUUUGGCACAUUUUAGCUGCUUGAUAUUUCUGAUUGAUUACAAAACUUUAAGGAGGUCGUCACGGAAGUAAACAAGGCAGAAGUCGAACAUUCACAUACUCUUUAUAUCAAGUUAUAUUAAUUAAAUAACCAUUAUGUUAAUAUAAUAUGUACACAUAUAGAUGUAUAGGAUAUAUAUUAUAUAUUAUUAUGUGCGCCCCUGUAUAUAUAUAUAUAUAUGUAUGU